AGAAACUCUUUUAUUUUGAUAUAGAGUAAUUGAGAAGAUUAAAGAAUCAUAAAUUCAUUCAGCGUUUCUUUUGAGUUGACUAGAAUAGUCCACAAAUCCAUUUCCUCUGAUUCGAAAUCACAGAAACCAAAAACAGAAUGUCUCUGUUUCUGGAUCAACAAUUCUACAAUUACUGCCUCCUUUCCCUCUUCGCUAUCACCUUACCCACCAUCAUCUCCCUCCUCUUCCUCACCGCCCCCUACGGCAAGCACCACCGCCCCGGGUGGGGCCCUUCCCUCCCCCCUCCCCUCGCCUGGUUCCUCAUGGAAUCCCCCACCCUCUGGCUCACCCUCCUCCUCUUCCCCCUCGGUAAAAACUCCCCCUCUCCUCGCGCCGCCGCCCUCAUCUCCCCCUUCCUCCUCCACUACCUCCACCGCACCCUCCUCUACCCCCUCCGCCUCCUCCGCGGCCGCAAAACCACCACCGCCCCCGGAUUUCCGGCCAGCGUCGCCGCCAUGGCCUUCGCCUUCAACCUCCUCAACGCCUACCUGCAGGCGCGCUGGGUCUCCGAGUACGCCGAUCUCAGCGAAGAUCGGUGGUUCUGGUGGCGGAUGGGAGCCGGUGCCGCCGUGUUCGCCGGCGGGGCGGCGGCGAAUAUUUCGUCGGAUUAUGCUUUGUUGGCGCUAAAGGAGAAGGGGGGUGGGUAUAGGGUGCCUAAAGGUGGGCUUUUUGAGUGGGUGAGUUGCCCUAAUUAUUUGGGGGAGAUUUUGGAGUGGGCGGGCUGGGCCUUCAUGACGUGGUCGUGGGCCGGGCUGGCCUUUUUUGUCUACACUUGUGCCAAUUUGGUGCCGAGAGCGAUGGCAAAUCAUAGAUGGUAUUUGAAGAAAUUUGCUGGCGAUUAUCCAACCAACAGGAAAGCUAUUAUCCCAUUUUUCUGUUGACUUUUUAUUAUUUAUCGAAUGUUCUUCUUUUUGCCUCUGGAUUCUAAUUUAUGAUAUGUGAGUUUCUACUACAAUUUCGUACAUGCAAUCACAAAUGUUUCAUAUUCCGAUUUUGUAACAUGUGAAUCAUCUUAUAUAAAUGUAUGAAAACCUUUCAUAUUUGUUUGUAGCCUCGAUUUAGAAAGUUACUUGUUAGUUGUGAUGUGAAAAGGGGUUUUUUAAUUGUGGGAUUAGUUUAUUUGAAUAAUUUUCCACUGCAAGAGAAUUCAAAAAUAU